AUACUCCUUUCUUCGAAUCGUUUCUCUCUCAAGCUCUGAGAUCUCAAAUUCGACGCCGUUCAUUGUCUCCGUCGCAUAAUCGAUAGUAAAUGGAUAAGGAGGCGGCUGAGACAGCGAGGGAGUCGCUGGAGCUUGUGUUUCGAAUGUCGAACAUCUUGGACACUGGUCUCGAUCGACAUACCUUGUCUGUUUUAAUAGCUCUCUGCGAUCUUGGUAUUAACCCUGAGGCUCUUGCUGCUGUUGUCAAGGAGCUUCGCCAGGAAUCUGGCACCAGCUUAAGAUCAUAAAUUUUAAAUCCAUAUGCUUCUUUGCAGAAUGGAUCAUGUUGGAAAAGUUGUGUAAUCGAUUUUCUUCUGUAUGUUUGGGUUUCAUUUACCAUUAAUUAUCGAGUGUUCUUGAGCGUUACUCUUGUUU